UAAAUGAAGCGUUUGUCAUAAAUACCUGCUAGUUAAUCAACUCCUCAUUCACUCACUUCAACAUUCUAACCAGCAUUCAUUUUUCUGUGCAUCUUUUUAUUCAGCUCUAUGGCUGGAAAUGGAGAAUCGAUUAUCUGCAACCCAAGAGUGGAAAUUGACACAUCUCCGCCAUUCGAGUCGGUGAAGGAGGCUGUGGACCAUUUUGGGGGCAGUGGCCCUUGGAUUCCCCAUCACUUACUCCGUUUACCACCUCCCGACCAUCACGAUAGGGAAGUUGUAGACGUGGGCAAAAUGGAGGAGCAAGCAGUAAAAUUUGAGAAAGACUUGAUUGUGAAGGAACAGGAGGCCCUCAAUGUUUUGAGGGAAGUGGAAGCAGCAAAAAGAUUUGUUGAAGGGUUGAAAGUAAAUUUGAUGCAAGAAGUGUCUGAGUUUGUGUCCAGUCCUGGUUUAAAUCCGGAGAGCCAAACACCAACACCUAGUGAACAGUCAGCACAAAACUUGAGUCUUUGUCCACUUCAGUCCCCGGGACAUGUAUUAAUGGAAUUGAACCAAGCAAAAUUAGACCUUAACAAAAUGUCAAUAGACCUUACUGUAAUUAGAUCUUCUGUUGAGACACUGAAUAACAAAAUGAAGAAAGAUAAGGUAAUGCUCGAAAGAAGCAGUCAGAGGAAGUCCCUCGAUUCAGCAGCAGGGUUCUCCAUUGAGGAAAACAACACAAAUGGAGACAGUUUUGAUUACUCUAUGAACAAAGAGCUCAAGCAGUUGAGUUUUGAAGCAGAGCAAUUCAAGAAAAUGGCAGAAGCUUCAAGAUAUGAGGUGAUGAAGGCAAUGUCAGAGAUCGAACGAACAAAGGCAAGUAUUAGAAUGGCUGAAAUGAGAUUGCAUGCUGCGAAAAAGAUGGAAGAAGCAGCUAAAGCUGUGGAAGCAAUUGCUUUUGCAGAAAGAAAGGCUUUACUAAAUGGAAAGAAUUCUUCAGCUGUUGUUCAGCACAAACCUGAGGGGAUCACAAUUUCAUACGAAGAAUAUUAUGCUCUUGCCCGAAAAGCACAGCAAGCUGAAGAGCUAUGCAAAACAAAAUUUGUAGACACGAAUACUAUGUGCAGAACCAAUGAAGCAAAUCAAACUGAGGUGGCUAUUACAAAGAAGAUGGAGGAAACUACAAAAGAAAUUAGACACAACAGGAGUACUCUAGAAGAGGCUUUGGACAAUGAAGAUGGUACUCAAAGAAGAAGUCUUACUGAACAAGAUGGUUUCUAUAGGGAGAGGUCAGAGCAUACGCAACUGCAUUACUCGGGGCAUAACUCCGCCAAAUAUAAGUUCAGGAAUCCACAGCCAUCUCAUACUAGUCAUGGAAACCCUCGGCUAGUUGACAACGGUGAACCAGACAAUAUGAAUGACAAACCUGUCCCUGUCUUUCGGUCAUCAAUAUCGAUUGGAGAUAUACUGAGCAGGAAGCUGAUUUUGCGAGAUGAUCAUAUUGUCGUGGGUAAGCAUAUGGAAAGCCACACUGAAAGACAACAUGUGUCUUUUAGCCAAAUGCUGCGAGAGCAAAGUGGGAUCAUAUUGAAUCCUACAAAAGCUACGAAAGAUGGGAAUGUACACAAGCAAUACAUUACUCACAAAAAGAAGUUUGGUUUCAUCCAAGUACCACUUUCUAGGCAAAAUAAGAAAAAGACACAACCUUUGAAUAUGAGAUGAUUUUUUUCAUCCGAGGAAUAAUGUCGUCUGCCCUUCCUCCCACAUCAGUCUGAUGUUUGCUUGUUUACUAGGCUUGCACAUGUUGACGGUUUUGUUUUUUUUCUCUUCUUCUUCAGUGCGCAUUAUGCUGUCAUAUCUGUUAUUGUUUGUGAUUUGUGAUUAUUGGCCUAUUGGGUGUUGCCGCUUUCUCUUCA